CGACGAGAUCGAGGGCUAAAGGCCGGUUCCUUCAGCCGGCGGCUGGCACUUUAGCACCGGAAACGCGUCAUUGGCCCGGGGCCCGCUCAGUCCGUGUCCCAAAAUGGCGCCGCUGGACCUGGAUAAGUAUGUGGAGAUAGCUCGGCAGUGUAAAUACCUCCCGGAAAAUGACCUGAAGCGACUGUGUGACUAUGUAUGUGACUUGCUUUUGGAAGAGUCUAAUGUUCAGCCAGUGUCUACACCGGUUACAGUCUGUGGGGAUAUACAUGGACAGUUUUAUGACUUGGGUGAGCUGUUCAGAACUGGUGGUCCAGUUCCUGAUACAAAUUAUAUUUUUAUGGGUGACUUUGUGGACAGAGGGUAUUAUAGUCUUGAAACUUUCACCUACCUCCUUGCAUUGAAGGCGAAAUGGCCUGAUCGCAUCACACUUCUCAGAGGAAACCAUGAAAGCAGACAAAUCACUCAAGUCUACGGGUUCUAUGAUGAGUGCCAAACAAAAUAUGGAAAUGCUAAUGCUUGGCGGUACUGUACCAAAGUCUUCGACAUGCUCACAGUAGCAGCCUUGAUAGAUGAACAGAUCUUGUGUGUGCAUGGCGGACUUUCUCCCGAUAUCAAAACUCUAGAUCAAAUCCGGACCAUUGAGCGUAACCAGGAGAUCCCACACAAAGGAGCCUUUUGUGACCUCGUAUGGUCAGAUCCUGAGGAUGUAGAUACUUGGGCCAUCAGUCCUCGAGGAGCAGGCUGGCUUUUUGGAGCAAAGGUUACAAACGAGUUUGUUCAUAUCAACAACCUGAAACUAAUCUGCCGAGCACAUCAGCUAGUUCAUGAAGGAUAUAAAUUCAUGUUUGAUGAGAAGUUGGUGACUGUGUGGUCUGCUCCUAACUAUUGCUACCGUUGUGGAAAUAUUGCAUCAAUCAUGGUCUUCAACAACGUAAACUCAAGGGAGCCAAAGUUAUUUCGUGCAGUUCCAGAUUCAGAGCGUGUAAUUCCACCAAGAACAACAACACCCUAUUUCCUUUAAAAUAUAUUUUGUUCUCAGUAAAAAAAAAAUUUCUUAAUACAGUGAGCACAAUGGACUGUAAACAUACAUUGUGUUGUGUAGACAAGGUUCAAGAUGUAGAAUUUCAACCAUUCUAUCAAAUAUUUUAAAUGCUAAAAUGAAUAAAGUGGUCUAAAGGGCUGCAUUUUUCUUUUGUUUUUAAUGCUAGCAGAUAUUGAGAAGCUGAUUUAUGUCCUCCAGUAAUUAAAAAUUUGUACAUUAAAAUAAUUGUAUUGAUCAGUUUUCAAAUUUCAUUGUGUUUUAAUAUAGUAAUAUGGUGACAGCAACUCUCAUAGGUUAAAAUAUUGAAAAUAAACUGCUUUAUUAUUAACUCCAAUGUUUACUGCCCUUUCUGAUUUAAAUCAGUGAUAUUUAAAUUUGGAAGAUUUUUCAUUAUUACAUUAGCUAUGUAUAUACUGAAACAUGAAGUCUUGUAAAUAAUUAGAUCAUUGAUGUGCAAACUAAGCAUUUAAUGGUGCAAGUUAUUUGAAACUGUUUCCAAUGUAUAGAACGUUUUAUAUUAAGACUGUUUAAUAUUGUAAUAGCUUUUAGCGUUUGAAUAUUUUAAAGCUUCAAAACUGACCAACAUUUUGAUAAGUUAAUUAACCAGUCUCAUUUGCCUUGCAUUGGAAACCUUCCUUUUGUUUCCAAGACGUGUUUGAACAGCUUUUGCUUUUAUUUCCCCUACUGAGUACAUUUGCUUUUUUAUCUUAGAAUGUGGAUCCAUACAUGCAGAAUAUCACCCAGUAUCUUGCCCAAGUAUCCGUUGUCCUAGAUUUGGCUGCAGUAAUAAUGGCAAAAUUGAGCAUUCCACAUCAUUACGGCUUUGAAAGUGACAGCAACUUCUGAAGUCCAUACAUGCUUAGUUAAAUGUAGAUAUCCAGAGGGUGCUGUCAGUGAUUCUAUACUUCCCCAUACAGUGCAUUACUGAAGUCUCCAAAAAUUUCAGUUAUCCGUCUUGCUGUAAAAAUCCGUGGAAAAAGUUGCACCCUGUUGAAUGACUGUAACUCUUUUUUAACAGUGUGCUGUUCAUAUCUCCCUGGCCCUGAAAAACUAAUUUUAUAUUUGUCAAAUUCCAGAUCUGAAGUUUGUUGAAGUCUGAAUAUUUCAGCUACUACCUUAAUCCUGUGUGUAUAUCCCAAUCUUUAUUUUGCUCUCUGUAACAUAAUAAGAUGAUAAUUUUACUUCCUGGUUUGAUGUCUUGAAAAUUCUUCAAUGUGAUUGGCUGCUUACCCUGCUUGAUGACAUCACUUCCAGGAAGCGAUGGAGGCCUCCUUGACUUGGCACCAGAUUCAACUUAAGGUUGGGAAAGGUGAAAUUCAUGACAGUGAUCACUAAAUCUUUGUGGGCAGACACAAAGGUUGGCUGCUGUCUUCAAAAUCUAGCCAUCAUUAAUUAAUUAUUAAUUUGAGUUAUUCAACUGUUGUGCUAUCCAAUCUAGUUGACACCUGAUUUCCUCUUUUCGACUAAAGACAAACAUUUUGAAAUACUGUUGGAAAAGUGAGGAUUGUUUUCUAUUUUGAUGGAAAUAAGAAUAUUGUAUAUCUCAAAGGGCUGAAUUGCUCUGCUUAAUUUUUAAAAGUCUUAGAAAUGUGCUAUGUUUAUUGAGAAAGCAGAGCACUUGCACUUGUAAGCUUGGAUCAGUGAUAGUACUUUUUAGUUCUAAAUCACAGAUGGCCUGAUCAAUCUCCAGUCGUGAACUUGAGCAUAUAAUCUAGGCUGACAUUUCAGUGCAGUAUUGAGAUGUGGCAUUUUCCAGAUGAGAAAUCAAACAAAGGUUCUGUUAAGGUGGAUUUAGAAGAUCCCAUGGCUUUUAUCCCCCAAGAAGCAGGGAGUUCUACUGCCACCCUGGUCAACUUUUAACCUCACCAGCAAAAAUAAGCCAUUCAUCUAAUUGUGGCAGUCACCCUUAUUUAGAUGCAAAACUGUAAAAUGCAGGAUCAGGCUCAGCUACGAUAACUUCCAUAGAAACCUAACUUGGUGCUUUCUGUCUGGCUUUACCCAAGAGGAAUGGCCAUGUGGUUGGGAUGUUAAAGAGCUGUGUGAUCAGGAAACCAGGUCCAAGGACCCAUAACCCAGCCAGGAGGGAGAAAGCUGGGAUGGGGGCAAGUCUUCCCCAAAAAAUACUCAAGUAAAAGAAUAUGACACUUUUCUCCAAGUUUGAACCAAAUAUUUUACAGUUUGGUGUACUAUUGAGUACUAUGUUGUAAAACCAUGGAUAAUAAAGAUAAAAUAUAACUUAA